CGCAGCCAAAAUCAGAUCACUAAUUUUCAACAAGUUACAGACAACUCUCUCUUGUGCAUUCAACACUCCCAUUAUAUAAUCAUUGAUGACAUCAUGUGGGUGGCACUACGGGAGCUGACCUUCCCAUUGGUUAUCUGGGAAGUCUAAAUCGGAUUGGCCCUGGGAAAUUUCAUUUUUAACAGCCAGAAAGAACCUUCUGGCUGUAGUUCUCGCAACAUAACACCAGUGUAAACUGCCCCAUGGGCACAGCCACCAGCAUAGCCACCAUCAUCUUCAGGGGCAACACAGCAAUUUGCGAGAAGACAAAGACCCUGCACAUCACUCCAAUGAAGCAGAAGAUUACAGUACCUGGGACAUAGUUAAAGCCACACAGCACGGCUUGCUGGACCGUUGCAUGGAGCUUGUAGACGCAGGAUAUGACGUUCGACAACCAGACCAAGAAAAUGUGACCCUACUACAUUGGGCUGCCAUAAACAACCGGCUGGAGCUUGUAAAAUAUUUCAUUUCCAAAGGAGCAGUUGUUGAUCAGUUAGGCGGCACGUUAAAUUCUACUCCGUUGCAGUGGGCUGUCAGGCAAGGCCAUUUACAAAUGACAAUUCUCCUAAUGAAGUUUGGUGCGGACCCCACUCUUAUUGAUGGGGAAGGUUACAGCAGCAUCCAUCUGGCAGUUGUGUGUCAGCAUUUGCCUAUUAUUGCGUAUUUGGUUUCAAAAGGACUGAAUAUAGACACUCCAAAUAUGAACGGGAUGACUCCCCUCAUGUUGGCUGCAAAACAAGUCAUUGGCUUGGAGCCCACAAACUUCCUAUUAAAGUUUAACCCUUCUAUCAACGCUACGGACAAAGUUCACAGGAAUACAGCACUACACUGGGCUGUCUCAGCUGGCAAUGUUAACGCUGUAGAUCUUCUGCUAGAAGCUGGAUCCAGUAUAGAUGUUGAGAAUGCCAAGGAAGAAACCCCUUUUGACAUUGCACAGCAAACCAGGAAUCGCAUGAUUGUUCAUAUACUAAUGAAUGAAAAGCAGGCUAAAACCAGUAGGAACUACCGAAUACUAAAGCUGUUUCAGAAAUAUGAGACAUCACUGUUUGUGCUGAUUGUAUUGGCUGCAGUAGGGGUUGUUGGAUACAUACUGGACAUGCAUACGGACUCCUGGCUCUUAAAAGGAACACUUUUAGUUCUAGUGACUUCAGGUUUGCAGUUCUUUACCAGACGUUUUAUUAGUAACAACAGCCAGAAGCAUUUGCCUGGAAUCUUUUUUCUAAGUUCAGUUUUUUGGAUUUUUAUUACUUGGUUCAUUUGUUUCUUACCUUAUAUGGCCAAGGCAGCUUUUCAGGUGCCCUUCAUUCUGUGUGUAUCGUGCCUUCUCUAUUUCUUCUACAAAACGUGGAGGUCAGAUCCAGGGUACAUAAAAUCCUCAGAGGAAGAGACAAAGCAGACCAUUGUCACACUUGCUGAAUCUGGACUCUUGGACUUCAGAACGUUUUGCACAGCUUGCUUGGUAUGUAUGUGCUUUUUAUUUUCUGUGCAGAAAUUGACUGUAAUCCAAAGUUUUUUUUGUUGUUUUUGUUUUUGCUACUGUAGCUGACCAUUUCUGUGUAGCUGGGACUUAAAU